CUUGCGCCGCCCCCUCCCAGUUGGUUUCCGCGCGCGCGAAAAAGCCGGGGUCUCGUUCAGAGCUGUCCUGUCGGCUGCGACCUGCGAGAUGCCAGCACGAACAGCCCCGGCCCGAGUGCCCGCGCUCGCCUGCCCGGCAGGCCCGCUGCCCGACCAUGUCCGCAGGCGGCUCAAAGACUUGGAAAGAGACGGUUUAACAGAAAAGGAGUGUGUGAAAGAGAAAUUGAACCUGUUGCAUGAAUUCCUGCAAACAGAAAUAAAGAGCCAGUUAUAUGACUUGGAAACCAAAUUACAUAAAGAAGAAUUGUCUGAGGAGGGCUACCUGGCUAAAGUGAAAUCCCUUUUAAAUAAAGAUUUGUCCUUGGAGAACGGAACUCACUCUCUCACUCGGAAAGCCAACGAUUGUCCAGCCAACGGGAGCCGGCCAAGCCGGAAAGCAGAAAUGGCAGAUUCAGAACAAUCCUCCAAACUCCAGCCCAAGCCUCGGACACCCAGGAGAAGCAAGUGGGACAGUGAGGCCAGCUCUGAAGCGUCAUCUAGCUCCAUGGCUGUGAGAAGAAUCACUAGGCAGACCACCAUCACAUCUCACUUCAUGAAGGGCACCACUAAACGGAAACCCAAGGAAGAAUCCGAGGAGAGAAUCCUAGAUGAGUCAGUUGCAGAGGAGAGAGACCAGGAUAAGAGACGCAGAGUUACAAGCACGGAGCGUGGUGCUGAAGUUUCUGUAGUGGAACCGGAAAGUGUAACACCAGGAACCCCCUCGUGUCGGGAGAAGCCAGGUGACCAGGAACCUGACAGGAGACUCCGGCGUCAAACCAGAGAACUAUCGUCAAGGCGGAGAUCAUGGGAGGAGCCAGACAGAGAAGCAAGACCAGGAACUCAUGAGGAAAUGGACGAUGACGAAGAUGAAAAGGAUAAAAGAAGGCCCAGGCCCAGAAGUCAACCCAGAGAUCUAGCCACCAAACGGAGACCUAAGGAAGCAGAAUCAGAGCAGAUAGCUUCAGAGUCUGAGGAAGGAGAUGAAGAGGAAAGGGAAGAAAAGAGACGAAAAAUGACACCCAAAAAACCAGUGGAGAAAAAAGCGGCUCGAACCAAAUCAGCCGUGAUCUCAAAGACGGAUUCACCACGGUGCCCCCAGUGCGGCCAGUUCCUAGAUGACCCUGACCUGAAGUACCAGCAACACCUUCCGGAUGCUGUGGAUGAACUCCAAAUGUUGGUCAGUGAGAAACUGUCCAUCUAUGAAUCCAACUCGUCUGGAUUUGAAAGCUACGAGUCAUCUCCCCAGCACAGGGUGACCUGCUUCAGUGUAUAUUGCAAUAGAGGUCAUCUGUGUCCUGUUGACACUGGUCUCAUUGAGAAGAACAUUGAACUCUACUUUGCUGGUUGUGCCAAAGCAAUUUAUGAUGAAAAUCCAUCUGUGGAAGGUGGUAUUAAUUGCAAAAACCUCGGGCCGAUCAAUGAGUGGUGGAUCACUGGCUUUGAUGGCGGAGAAAAGGCUCUCAUUGGCUUUAGCACCCCAUUUGCGGAAUAUAUUCUGAUGGAACCCAGCCCAGAUUAUGCGCCAAUAUUUGGGUUGAUGCAGGAGAAAAUUUACAUCAGUAAGAUUGUGGUUGAGUUCCUGCAAAGCAAUCCUCACGCCGUCUAUGAAGACCUAAUAAAUAAGAUUGAGACCACUGUCCCUCCUUCUGCCAUUAACCUGAACCGGUUCACAGAGGACUCCCUGCUGCGUCAUGCCCAGUUUGUGGUGAACCAGGUAGAGAGUUACGAUGAUGCCAAGGACAGUGAUGAGACGCCCAUCUUCUUGACUCCCUGCAUGAGAGCCCUGAUCAAGCUGGCUGGGGUCACUCUGGGACAGAGGCGAGCGGAGAGACGCUAUAACCUCAAAGAUUCUACUAAGGAGAAGGACAAAGGGCCCACAAAAGCCACCACCACCAAGUUGGUCUACCAGAUCUUUGACACGUUCUUCUCGGAGCAGAUCGAGAAGGACGACAAGGAAGACAAGGAGAACGCCUGUAAGCGCCGCCGCUGUGGCGUCUGCGAGGUCUGUCAGCAGCCUGAGUGUGGGAAGUGCAAAGCCUGUAAGGAUAUGGUUAAGUUUGGUGGCACUGGGCGGAGUAAACAGGCUUGCCUCAAGAGGAGGUGUCCCAACUUGGCCGUGAAGGAGGCAGAUGAUGACGAGGAAGUUGAUGAUGACAUCCCAGAGUUGCCAUCACCCAAAAAGAUGCAUCAAGGAAAGAAAAAGAAACAGAACAAGGAUCGCAUCUCCUGGCUUGGACAGCCCUUGAAGAUUGAAGAGAAGAGAACUUACUAUCAGAAGGUGUGCAUUGAUGAAGAGACACUGGAGGUCGGGGACUGCGUCUCUGUCAUUCCAGAUGAUUCCUCCAAGCCGCUAUAUCUAGCCAGGGUCACAGCACUGUGGGAAGACAAGAAUGGGCAGAUGUUUCAUGCGCACUGGUUCUGUGCUGGGACAGACACAGUCCUUGGAGCCACCUCCGACCCGCUGGAGCUGUUCCUGGUGGGCGAGUGUGAGAAUAUGCAACUCUCCUACAUCCACAGCAAGGUCAAGGUCGUCUACAGAGCGCCCUCUGAGAACUGGGCCAUGGAGGGAGGCAUGGAUCCUGAGACCAUGCUGCCAAGGGCUGAGGAUGAUGGAAAGACCUAUUUCUACCAGCUGUGGUACAACCAGGACUAUGCAAGGUUUGAAUCCCCUCCCAAGACCCAGCCAACAGAGGACAACAAGCACAAGUUCUGCCUAUCCUGUAUCCGGCUGGGUGAGCUGAGACAGAAAGAAAUGCCUAAGGUCCUGGAGCAACUUGAUGAGGUGGAUGGCCGGCUCUACUGCAGUUGUAUCACCAAGAAUGGUGUUGUCUACCGACUAGGCGACAGUGUAUACCUGCCUCCUGAGGCCUUUACCUUCAACAUCAAGCUGGCUAGCCCCUUGAAACGUUCAAAGAAGGAGCCUGUGGAUGAGAGCCUGUACCCUGAGCAUUACCGCAAGUAUUCUGACUACAUCAAAGGAAGCAACCUGGAUGCUCCUGAGCCCUAUCGCAUCGGCCGGAUCAAAGCAAUCCAUUGUGGCAAGAAGAAUGGCAAGGCCAACGAAGCAGACAUCAAGAUCAGGCUCAACAAGUUCUACAGGCCUGAGAACACCCACAAAUCCACCUCGGCAACCUACCAUUCAGACAUCAACCUGCUGUACUGGAGUGACGAGGAAGCCGUGGUGGACUUCAGUGACGUGCAAGGCCGCUGUACUGUGGAGUACGGGGAAGACCUGCUUGAAAGCAUCCAGGAUUACUCACAGGGGGGCCCUGACCGCUUCUACUUCCUUGAGGCCUACAAUGCAAAGAGCAAAAGCUUCGAAGACCCUCCAAACCACGCCCGCAACCCUGGGAAUAAAGGGAAAGGGAAGGGGAAAGGGAAAGGGAAGGCAAAGAGUCAGGCGUCAGAGCCCAGAGAGCCCGAGACAGCUAUCAAGUUGCCCAAGCUCCGGACUCUGGAUGUGUUUUCUGGCUGUGGAGGGUUGUCAGAAGGAUUCCACCAAGCAGGCAUCUCUGAGACACUAUGGGCCAUUGAGAUGUGGGACCCAGCAGCCCAGGCAUUUCGGCUGAACAACCCUGGCUCCACGGUGUUCACAGAGGACUGCAAUGUGCUGCUGAAGUUGGUCAUGGCUGGCAAGGUGACCAACUCCCUGGGCCAGAGGCUGCCGCAGAAGGGCGAUGUGGAGAUGCUGUGUGGUGGACCACCGUGCCAAGGUUUCAGCGGCAUGAACCGUUUCAACUCCCGAACUUACUCCAAGUUCAAAAACUCCCUGGUAGUCUCCUUCCUCAGCUACUGUGACUACUACCGGCCGCGGUUCUUCCUGCUGGAGAAUGUCAGGAACUUUGUGUCCUUCAAGCGCUCCAUGGUGCUGAAGCUCACACUGCGCUGCCUGGUCCGCAUGGGCUACCAGUGCACCUUUGGUGUGCUGCAGGCUGGACAGUAUGGUGUGGCUCAGACGCGGAGACGGGCCAUCAUCUUGGCUGCAGCCCCAGGAGAGAAGCUGCCUCUGUUUCCAGAGCCUCUGCAUGUGUUUGCACCCCGUGCUUGCCAGCUGAGUGUUGUGGUGGAUGACAAGAAGUUUGUUAGCAACAUCACCAGGUUGACCUCGGGCCCCUUCCGAACCAUCACGGUGCGGGAUACCAUGUCCGACCUCCCUGAGAUCCAGAAUGGAGCCUCGGCACCUGAGAUUUCCUACAAUGGAGAGCCACAGUCCUGGUUCCAGAGGCAGCUGCGGGGCUCACACUACCAGCCCAUCCUCAGGGAUCAUAUCUGCAAGGAUAUGAGCCCGUUGGUGGCUGCUCGCAUGCGGAACAUUCCACUGUUCCCAGGAUCGGAUUGGCGUGACCUGCCCAACAUAGAAGUGCUGCUGACAGAUGGCACUACGACCAGGAAGCUGCGCUACACCUUCCAUGACAGGAAGAAUGGCCGCAGCAGCACUGGUGCAAUGCGUGGGGUCUGUUCCUGUGCAGAAGCUGGCAAGUCCUGCGACCCCACGGCCAGGCAGUUCAACACCCUCAUCCCCUGGUGCCUGCCGCACACUGGGAACCGGCACAACCACUGGGCCGGCCUCUAUGGGCGCCUGGAGUGGGAUGGCUUCUUCAGCACCACUGUCACCAACCCUGAGCCCAUGGGCAAGCAGGGCCGUGUGCUCCACCCAGAGCAGCACCGGGUGGUGAGCGUGCGGGAGUGUGCCCGCUCCCAGGGCUUUCCGGACACCUACCGGUUCUUCGGCAACAUCCUGGACAGACACCGGCAGGUGGGUAACGCCGUGCCACCACCACUGGCCAAAGCCAUUGGCCUUGAGAUAAAACUCUGUAUGCUAGCCAAAGCUCAGGAGAUGGCCUCAGCUGAAGUUAAAAAGGAGACUGCCCCGACGGAAUAGUCCUGCUCUUGCCCAGAGCCCUGUAUGCACUGAUGUUUUUAACUGUCGAGCCCCAGCAUUUGAAAUGUUGUGCACAGUGUCUGUAGCCAUGGCUGACACUAAGCUGUUUGUGUGAGGUUGCUUUGUGACCAAGCCGUGCAGUACUUUGUGCAUUCUGGAUUUUAACGUUUUUUUGGUUUUUAAUUCUGUAUUCUAUCAGAUCUGCCACUGCAGGUGGCAAACAAGACUUGAUGUAGUUUUUAUAUGUUGUAAUAUUUCUUCAAAUAAAGCGCUUCUAUAAAGCA